ACAGCAGCCAGCGCACCGGACGCGCAACACACUCCCUGCGCAUGGGAGUCGAUUGAGGGGACUUUUUCAACGUUUCCCUGGAUAAAAACCAACAACAACCAAGAUGAGACUCCUGUUUGUGUUCGCUACCGUCUACAGCCUCCUAUCCGACAAUCAAGCGCUUCCCGUGGGUAAAGAAGGGCAAAGAGAAGACGUGGUUACGCGCUGUUUGGUGGAAGUCCUGUCCAAAGCGCUGUCCAAACCCGACUCAAAGCUCGACCAGGAGUGUAAAGACAUCAUAUACGCGGGCGUCAAACAUGCCCCUGCAGUGGACAAAAAGAGCAGUGACGCAGCAUUGGCUCCAGCAGCGGGACUCGCGGGUCAGGCCCAAGUCCCGGGAUCCGACGGAGCGGACGUGAAAGACAUCGAAAACCUGCUCAAAACUGUGGGAGAGAAGAGAGAGACACCGGGAGGAGAGGAGGAAGAAGAAGAACGCAGUCAGGAAUCGUGGAGUUUGGGAGGAGAAGGAGGAGAGAGAGAGAAGAGGAGCAAAUGGAGGCCGGGACGGUAUCACCACAGGAGGGGCAAACGAGAUGAAGAGGCUGAGGAAGACUUCGAUCGCAGUCAGGAGAGCUGGGGACUGGACAAAAGAGGAGAAGAAGAGGGGGAUGAGGAGAUAGAGAAGAGGACAAGCUACAGGCCGAGAUACCAGCACAGGAAGAACAAACGCGACGAGGAAACUUUGGGAUCGAUAGAAGGAGACGACGAACGAAGCCAAGAGAGCUGGGACAAAAGAGGAGGAGAAGAAGAGGAGAGAGAGAAGAGGGUGAGCUACAGGCCGAGAUACCAGCACAGGAAGAACAAACGCGACGAGGAAACUUUGGGAUCGAUAGAAGGAGACGACGAACGAAGCCAGGAGAGCUGGGACAAAAGAGGAGGAGAAGAAGAGGAGAUAGAGAAGAGGACGAGCUACAGGCCGAGAUACCAGCACAGGAAGUACAAACGCGACGAGGAACCUUUGGGACUGUCAGAAGGAGACGACGAACGCAGCCAGGAAUCUUGGGACGUCGACAAGCGCUACUGGAAACCCACCCACCGCUACCACCACAAGAAGAGACUGCGUCCAAAACGAGGGGACGAAGACGAGGAAGACGACGGUGGGAGGAGCCAGGACUCGUGGGGUUUGGAUGAAGAACGAGACAAAAGAAACUGGAGACCUGGGAGAUACCACCAGAGGAGACAGAAGAAGGACGAGGAGGUGUCUGAGGAGGCCAGGGAGGAACCGGACGAGGACCGCAGCCAGGAAUACUGGGAUAUAGACCCCCGGAGCAAGAGGGAGUGGAGAGCUGGGAGGUAUCACCAGAGGAGACACAAACGUGACGAGGAGUUCACUGAACCGGACAACUACCGGAGCCAGGAAUACUGGGAUUUCGACUUGGACAAGAGGGACUGGAGACCCGGGAGGUACCACCAGAGACGACACAAACGCGGCGAAGAAGAGGACGGGGAACGCAGCCAAGAAUCCUGGGGCCUGGACAAGAGGGAUGAAGAGGGAUGGGAAGAAGAGGGGGAGGAGAUAGAAAAGAGGAUCUGGAAACCAACGCACCGGUACCACCACAAAAAGAGACUCCACAAACGCGAUGGAACGUCGACUGAGGAAGAGGAGGCGAGCGACGAGGAAGCUCCUGUGGACAACAAUGAGGUUCUAAGAUACGCGAUGGAGAAACGUAACCCGUGGAUUUACAAAGGAUACUACCAUCCCGCCUGGUACAAGAGAAGCCCGGAGUCUGCCGUUUCUGGGAAGGAAAAACUGGAGAAUCUUGCUGCGAUGGACCUGGAGUUACAGAAAAUUGCUGGAAAGUUGCAUGGAAACACGGCAUAAAACUCCAGCGACGUCGACAUCUUCUUAGUUCGUAUCUGACCGCGUGUUUGUUCAUAUAUUGUGCUUAGAAUGGAAAAAAAAGACCACAAAAAUAACAUUCCUGGAGCGUUUUCAUUUUGCUUACCUCGUAUUAGUGAUUAAUCAAUAUAUUCUGCAUGGGAAUGUAACUGUUUGUAUAGAGAAAACACUAGGGAAAUGUCAAAGCCGAUCUAUUGAAAUACUGUAAAUGUUUAAUUAUGUCCCGUCAACUUGUCUCAAUAAAAUGAAAUAUUCUGGGACC